GAAACUGCCUGUAGUACGUGGACAGGAUUGCGAACAAUCACUAGAAAUUUACAAAUUUACUCUUCAGCUAGCGUUCUCUCUCUGCAGUCGUUGUGUCAGGUCUCAGGGUCUCCUUCCCCUACGAUAUUGACAGAGAGUAAUCAUGUCUGCUAACGCCGUUGCGUCACUCUACCGCCGGAGUCUCAAGCUUGCCCUUGACUGGGCAGUUCACAGACACGUAUGGAGAGGACAAGCUGUGUAUAUUCGGUCCCUGUUUGAGGCAAAUAAGGACGUCCGUGAUCCUCGUCAACAAAGAGUGCUACUCCGCGAAACUGAGAAAUUACUGGAAACUUGGAAACACCCGGAUCCGUACCGCGCACCUACUGCCCCCGGUGGCAGUAAAUACGAGAGAAACCUUCCUGCUCGGCAGUUACCUUAUGCUUCUCAACAUGCAGAUGCCCACUAAGCUUGGACGGCGUACCAGAUCCAUGUAUUUGCGUCAAUUAGACGAGUUUACAAUGAGUUCCCUACUCGAAGAUAGACAUGGCGUUCUAGUAACGUACCUCGAAACUUGUACCCUGGACGUUGCUUUGAACAAUUAUGUUAAAAGUGCAGAAAUGCUUGAGUGGCGUACUGUAAGAACGACCGAAGGUACAGGCCCUCAUGUCUACUUAGCGUCAGAUCUACUGAGAUUCCCGUCGUCUCCGAAAGACAAAUUUCAUUAAGAAAG